AAGUUAAGUAUAAAGCUUCCGUUGAGUUGGCUAAUGCUCUUAAUACGCUAAAAAGUUUUGGAGAGGAGCAUGAAAUACUUUUAAAACAAAAAGAAAGUUUGGAAUUUAAAGUUUGUGAAUUGGAAUUUGCGCAAACUUUAGAAGCUGAUCUAAUUAAGCUACGCGAGGCGAAAGAGAAUUUAAUAAAUAAUCAAACGUUACUGGAAAAUAAAAUAAGCAUUUUAACGGAAGAUCUCGCGAGAAAAACUUCGGAAUUUGAGACUAUUCAGGGAGAAUUUGAGUCUCUUAAAAAUGAGAAGUUAUCGUUGUUAAAAUCGUUUGAAGAUAAUGAAAAACAUGCGGCGGACUUAAAAAUUCUAAUGGAAGAGAAGGAAAUGAUUAUUUGCGCUCUUAAAGAGAAAAUUCAAUUAUCUGAAAUUGAUAAAACAAGAAAAGGGGCUUUAGAAACUAAACAGACAGAACUACUAAAGGAUGAAACUAUUUUUAACUCUGCAGUUAUUUUUUCACAACUACAAGCGGCGAUUGUUGAACUUAAAACAAGUUUUUCUCAAAACGGCAUCUGUGAUUCGACAUUAUUCUUGUCAAUGGAUAACUAUUGCUCAGUUUUAAAAGAGCAUUUAUUAAAGUUGCAGGGGAAGUGUACUUAUUUAGAAGAUUUGCUUUCUCAGGGAAAUGACGAGCGGGAAGCUCUUGAAAUUUCUCUUGCGACUCUACAAAGCCAGUAUGAUGUCCGGGCUUGGACUUCUCUUGAAAUGGAGAAGAAGUUCCUUGAGUUUCAAAGGUCUUAUGAGUUAACAACUGAAAAACUAAAUGAAGAACUUACAGUAGCAGAAACAAUUAUUAAAGAAAAAAAUCUGGAAGUGAGAAAACUUCAGGAGCAGCGGGAAAAUAUAGAAGAUUUUUUUAAAAUAGUGAAUGAAAAAAAUAGUAAUAAUGAAGAACGACUGCGCGAAGCAGAGGCAACACUAGAAAGGUGCUCGUCUUUACAGGAAGAAAAAAAUGAGAUAAAAUUUUUACUUGAAAAAAUAAACGAGCAAGAAACUUUGCUGGGUGCAGUUGAGAGUCUCAGCGAGCAGCUUGAAAAGCUAAAAGAGAUGCUCGAAACGAAAGACCGCGAAUGUGGAGCACUUAACCAUCAGCUCCUCGAAGCUGAAUUUCGUAUUAGUUCGUUAGAUUCUCUCUUGGAGACUAAAUCUAAUGAAUUUAUACGGCUACAAACUGAAGUGGAAGGAAAAAACGCUUUAAAGCACGAAAAUAAAAAUCUCCACGAGCAGUUAGCAGGUGCUCUUGCACGCGAAGACGAAAGUAAUAAAAAAUUGGAUCAGUUAAAAUUCGAAGUUUGUAGUAAGCAAAGCGCCUUUGAAGCGGCUGAGAAGGAUUUGUAUGAUCUGAAUUUAAAAUUAAGUUUAGCAAAUCAAUUGGCUGAUAAGAAAACUGAAGAAGCCAAUAAACUUUUAGAAACUAUAAAUAUAUAUAAAAAACUUGAUGAAGAACUUAUUAAAAAAAAUGAAAUUAUUUGUAAUUUAGAGCAACGUUGCUCUGAUUCCAAAGUUGAGUACGAUCACCUCAAGUCUCUUCUCAGUGACACGUUGCAAGAACUUGAAAAAUAUCAUGCUGCCAACGAGAGCAUUUCCAUAAAGCACGAAAAUCUUCAACAGGAGUAUACUAUACUACAAGAAACGGUUGACGAAAAUGCCCAACAACUUUUGCUUGCAGAGGAAAAACUUAAAGAACUUCAGAGCCAAUACGACACUGCUAAGGCGGAGCGCUUUUCCUUGUAUUCGGAACUAGAAAGACUAAAAGAAGUUGAAGCCCUCUGCAAUGCCUCCAAAUGCGCGACCUUUUGUAAAAGAUUGAAUGAUCUGCAAACAGCCGAAAAUGCGCUUAAAGAGAGCCUCUCUGCGAAAGAGGCCGAAGUUAUUGGAUAUUCUACGGAAGUAAUGGAGAUGAAGAAAGAAUUAAAGCAAAGUUAUGAAAAGCUUGAGACUUUAAAGGAAUGA